UAGAGAUCCCCCCUAAUCCCACAUUAUAAUCUCUACCACCCCCGACGCAAAAGCUAAAACCCCACACAAUCCCAAUCCCCCUCUUCCCCCGCCACCAUCUUUUCCUUGCUCCCAACUCCAAGAAAUUAAUUAAACCCCCCGAUCUCGUCUUCGGACUUCUCAUUCAUUUUUCGCUUGCUUGUUCAAUCAAAAGUAAAAGCAGAAGCAAAAGCAAAAGCAAAAGCCAUGGGGACGUUGGUGGGACACGUUGCGCCCGGUGUCGGAUUUCUAGUAAUCGGUCUGUGGCAUCUUUUCAAUCACAUCAGGCUCUACGCGGUGCGCCCCGGGUCGUACCGUGCGCGGCCGUGGUUCCCCGCGCCGCUCGCUCGGUACCUGGAGCCGGCGCUGAUAAUCGCCGGCUCGCUCGCCUCGAUCGCGAUGGAGCUGUUCAUCGGCCCGGAGGCCCACCAGCCGUUCGACUCCGACGGCUCCAUCCCCUCCAACCACCUCCACAACUUCGAGCACGCGUCCAUCUCCCUCUCCCUCCUCCUCUACGCCGCCUUCGCCAUCCACCUCGACCGCGACCGCAACCGCCGCCGCUCGUCGACGACGACGACGACGCACGGCGCGGCUCGGUCGCUCGCGCGCGACGCGCUGACGCUGCUCCUCGCGGCGGCGGCGCUGGCGCAGGAGCUGCUCAUCUUCCACCUGCACUCGGCCGACCACAUGGGCGUGGAGGGGCAGUACCACUGGCUCCUGCAGUGCGUCGUCGCCGUCUCCCUCGCCACCACGCUCCUCGGCAUCGCGCACCCGGCGAGCUUCGCGGUCGCCUUCGUGCGCUCCGUGAGCCUCGUCCUCCAGGGGGUGUGGUUCGUGGCCAUGGGCGUGAUGCUGUGGACGCCGAGCCUGAUCCCCAAGGGCUGCUUCUUGAACUACGAGGAAGGGCACCACGUGGUGCGCUGCCGCGACCCCGACGCGCUCGGCCGCGCCAAGUCGCUCGUCAACCUGCAGUUCAGCUGGUACGUGUCGGCCACCGCCGUGUUCGCCGUCGCCGCCUUCCUGUUUAUAACCAAAUUGUACCCGGAAGAGCCCGACUACGUCCCCCUCGUUAAGGCCGCGGACGAGGACGACGACGAUUUGGAGGCGCAGAAGCUCGCGGAGUCGCAGAGCUUCGCGCGCAUGCGCGACGGCAUGAAGCCCAUAGAGCUCGAGAGGUAAAAUUGUGUUGGAGAUUUAUUUUUCUCGACUAUAUAUCGUUUUAAUUUUCCGUCGGUUAAAUUAGAAUUUUUAUUUUAAUAAAAUAAAAAAUUCCUAAUUUAAUUGAUUAAAAAUUUUAAGCAAGGUGUUGUUAACAAAAAUAAACAGAAUAUUUUCAGAAUGGUCUAUAGUUGAGGUGGAUCUCUAUGCAAUUUUACCAAUGUUUCUUUUUUUUUUUUUUUAAUUGAAUCUUUCUUCUAUGGGGUUGUCUUUAAUUAGUUGUGGAUUAGGUGGAAAUGUGUAAUUAAUUAGUGAAGUGUUUAGAUGUUGUGGUGGGAAAACCCUUUAAUGGGAAAACCCUUUUUACGGUUUGAAUUUGGAUGUGUAUAAUAGUAUAGUACACUGAGAAGGAUGUGCUUCUGAUGUUGUGGUGUAAUUGUUGGAUGGUUUGGUAGGUGGGGCUUUUCUUCUUUUUAGUUGUGGUUUGCACAGUUGCACUCA